UCUACGUUCCUCCCGAAAAAUUAUGCUCAUAAUAUAAAAAAAAAUCAAGAAAGAAAAAGAAUGACAAGAAAAUCGAUCAAAUAGGGUAAUCUGCAAAAAACUUUCGAUUUCAAACCCAGAAAGCCCAAACGGAUUUUUGGAAGAGAAAAACAGAAAAAAAUGCUUUGAAAAUGCAGCACUUUUUUCUUGACAGAGAGAGAGAGAGAGAGAGACGCAGAAAUAGAAAAUGAAGAUAUAACGAGCAAGAAGCUCGAGUACGAAGGAAGAUAGCAAAACGAAUUUUUCCUUUUGUGUAUCUGGAGGAAAUUUUCUUCACUUUCUCGAGCUCCAAACAGGUUAGAGCAACUAAAAUUUACCUUCGAAAUUCUCUCUCUCUCUCUGGAAUCUCACAUCUCUUUCUUUGCAACCUCUGUUGUAUUCGAUUUCCCUGUGAAAUUCAAGCUAUAGUUGAAAAUUUCACAUGAACUCUAACUUCUUAAAUUUUGUGAUCCUCGUAAAAGAGUUUGCCUUUUGAGGGUGGUAUUUUGCUGCUAGCUUCUCUAUAUUGAAUAAAGAAGAUGAUUUAUGAGGUUGAGCUUGUUUUUCUGGAUUUUGUGGUCCAAUCUAUAGUUGAAGAAAAAUAAAGGAGGUUUUUUUGUUGAUGUGGUAGAAAGUUUGGCUUUUUCUUUGGGUUGUGAUUUGAAUUUUGAUUGAUUGAAUUUGGAGGGACAAGUUCAAAUCUUUGAGCUUUGGUGAGAGCUUUACUCUCGGUUGCAAAGAUGCGUUUUAUAUUGGUGUCUAUGGGUCUUUCUGGAGUUAGUGGAACAUCUUUAGUAGAGUUAUGGAAAGUGGGUUUUUGGAAAUGGAGCAAAGAAACCCUAAUUUAGUUGGGGUUUUUGGGUUAAAAGAAGGUGUACGUAUCUGUAAUUUUGGUCAAAUAAUUUGGUUAUGGAUUUUUAUCGGUGAACAAUGCAACCACCGCAUCAGCAUUCGCGGAUCAAUCUCAUUGAGUUGAAAGCUCAGUUAAUAAAGCGACUUGGGCUGGAGAGAUCGAAGCUAUACUUUCAUUAUUUGAAUAAACUAUUGAACUUAAAGAUAAGCAAAAUUGAGUUCAAUAAGCUCUGUUUUCGUGUUCUUGGGAGAGAGAAUGUUAGACUACACAAUCUCUUAAUCUCUUCAAUAUUGAAAAAUGCUUGUCUUGCCAAAGUUCCUCCGCUGCCGGUGACUGGUGAUGAGAAUCAGCAAAGUGGGAAUGUUCUAUUGUUGCCUGGGAAAGCAAGCUCUAGAGCAUCCACUAGGCUUAAUGCCAAGGUGGAUUCUGCUUCUCAUGAAUCAAUAAUUACUAAUGAAAAUGUUGUCUCUGGGAAUGGCAAGCUGACUUGUCAUGAUAUACGGAAGCUGGUGCAGCAUCAUCAAGAAGUCUUGGGAAAAGCAGAUAACGGAAGGGAUGUUCUGCUUCACAACCCUGAGAUAUUACCUUUAACAAAAGGAUCAGUUGGUGGUUUUCUUCCUGAAGAUAGCAGAGAAAAAAGUGAACUAUUGGUUGUUGAAGAUGGAAAGGAGUUAUGUGCUAGAAGUUCAUUGCAAGCACCACUUGGGAUUUCAUUAUUUUCUGAUAGUAUUUCAGGGGCCCGAAGGGCGUUGCCUUCUGUGAGAAGUGGUGGAUAUUCCAACUCAUAUGAUACUGGUGGAUUGCUUGACUCUGAGGCACUGAGGGAACGCAUGCAACAACUAGCUGCAUUGGAGGGCCUUGGAGGUGUGUCAAUGGACUGUGCCAAUAUAUUGAGCAAUGGGUUGGAUAUCUACUUAAAGAGGUUAAUUAGGAUGUGCAUUGAGCUAGUAGGAACCAGGCAUGGAUGUAAUUUGAGUAGAAACAACACACUCAAGCACCAUUUGUUUGGGAAGCUUGUUAAUGGUGUCUUGCCAAGUUAUCAUAAUCAGUUGCAAAAUAGCAGUAGGGCUUUAGAAGGGAUAGAUGGACAGAUAUCCUACAAACUUAUUUCUUUGCUGGAUUUCAAAGUUGCGAUGGAAUUGAACCCACAGGGACUUGGGGAAGACUGGCCAUUACUGCUUGAGAAGAUAUAUAUGCGUUCAUUUGAGGAAUAACAAUUCAGGAACUUGUGAUUCUGUCAGAGUAAUUGAUUUCGUAACUUCUGGUCCAAAGGUUCCCAAAAGUAGCAAUAAUGUUUCUUGGGUAUCAUUGAUGCAUCAGAUACUCUGUUGCGGCCAUUUUGAUCCGUGUGCUGCCUUUAGGAUAAAACUAUGCCCUUACAAGAUGAAUUGGAAGGGGGCAGAGUAUUAUCCCUAACACCAUAAUUAGUGGCAAGUUGGCAACUGACCAAAAGGGACAAGGAGAAAAGAAAACCCAUAUUUGGUUGCCCUGUUGUACCUUUAGCAUAAUUUUGGUUCACCCAGUUUUUUCUGUAAUUUAUAGCCCAUUAGGAAAAACUUUUAUAACAGUUUUGCAGGAAUAAUAUCUUUAGCUUAGUCGGAAGAUAAAAUUGCGUGAUGUAAAGUUCCAAUGUAUGUACUUGCAAAACUUAAAUCCAGUUGGAAUCUUGAUAUCAAAAGUUAUGUGCACUUGACCAUUCUUGCUAA